ACUUCCUAUAAUGCUGUUUGACUUUUCAAAGAUUGUUUACAAGCAGCACAAAGUGAAUAAUCCAGAGAAAGUUGCAACGCAAAAAGAUUCAGAAGCAUUGUCGCAAUCAGAGAACUUGUGUAAAAUGUUAUGCUGUUAUAAACAAAGAUAUUUUGUGUACAAACUUAUGGUUUGAGUGAGCGAUUUGUGAGAGAUUAGGCAGGAAUGGAGGGUCCUGGCCUGAGCUUAUUUCAAGGCUCUGAGAGCAUCCAGUUAAAUACGAGUUCGCGACGACAAGAAGAGGAGGAAGAACAAGAGGAUCGAAAACGGCGCGAUAAAGAGAUUGGGGCCCUGUUAAAACAUGCACUUGGUGAUCUGGAAGAUGAUGAUGAUGUCAGCUUUAUCAAUAGUACUCAUUCACAUGUUACAUGUAAUGAGGAGCAUAGUGGUAUUAUGGUAAAUUCUUUGCACCAGCCAAGUCAAUCAGAUAGGAGUCCAACAAUUUCACAAUUUCAAAAAGAGUUUGAUGCUUAUGGCAGAAUAGACGAAACAAAAAAUUAUAAUCAAAAUUCAAAUUCGUUGCAUCAUGCCGACUCUGAAAUUGGUCCUACCGUAUCUGAUAUACAGAGAGAUCUAGGAGUAUAUGGACAAACAAUGACACCAUAUGGCAAAAAUAACAGAAGUAAUGAUAUGGACAAUAUGGUCCCAGACACGCCAUACGAAUUACCUAAACCACCAAACCCUGGAUAUCCCCUUAAUUUAAGGACACAAGUUAAUGAAGAAUAUACAUUUCAUGAUAAUUAUCCUUAUAACUAUGGAACUCCUGCAAAUCACUAUGAUAGACAGACCAAUAAUUAUUCUAAUAACGGAUAUAUUGAUGGUUAUGAUGAACACAAUAAAAUGCAGUUGAAACCUGUCCGUGAAUAUGGUGGAGGAGAUAAUGAUGUAAUUUCGGAUCAUUUUAAUCAUUGUUAUAAAACAAGUCCAAAUGGAAGGCCUGCAGAUGAAAAUACAGCUUAUAAAAUGGCUGAACUCAAUAGUAAAGAGCAGUUAGAAGUUCUUUAUUCAGUUAGAAUAAAAGAAAUUCAAAAUUUAACUGAACAAGUACAACAGUUACAAUUGGAGAAAGAUGAGGAACGAAAUCAGCUUAAUAGAAAAUUAGCUCUUGCACAAGCAGAGGUAGAGAGAUCCAAUUUAUCAAGAAAUCAGGCUCAAAAUUCUCUUGUUGAUGCAAAGGCAGAAAUAAAUGAUCUCCAAUCUCAGGUUGCAUCACUAAAAGAAAAUGUUGCCAUCUUGGAAAAAACAAACCAUAAUAUGGCCGAGGAUUUAGCGGUUUCGAAAAAUUCUGUAGUUGAUUUACAACAGAAAAUAGUUAUUUUAGAAAAAGUACAAACAUUACAGGCAAACGAUAGAUCUCACGAAAAAUUCUUAAAACAAGCGCAAGAAAAGCACGCAAUUCAAAUGAAAAAUAUGCAAACUCAAAUAGAUGUGUUAACGGAAAAACUUAAUAUGAAGGAGACUUCUUACAUUGAUUUGGAGCACAAAUUGGCAGAUGUACGACGCGCACAUGAGACUCUGAUGGUGGAAAAGGGAGAUACUAUGAAUCGUUUAGCACAAGCGUUAGAAGAAAGUCAAAAUCAGUGUCGUAAUCUGAUGGCUAGUAAUAAUGGCCAGGAAGUAAUGCAAUUACGGGCACAAAUCAAAAUAGCUGCUCAGGAAAAAGAAGAACUAUUUAAAACUAUCAAAGAGUUGCAGCACAAACUAGAAUUGGCUAAAAGUGACACUGUACAUUAUGACUCGUUAUUGGCAACCACACUUGAGGAUGAAUCUGAUUCGAUAAAACAGAUGAAGCUAGGGGAGUUGCAUAAUAAAUCCAAGUGUAAGCCUAACGAUGACAUCACAAAUAAAUUACGGGGAGAGUUGCAAAGAUGCCUCGCUGGGCAAGCGGUAAAAAGAAAGGAAAUAAAUCGUCUAGAAAAUACAUUAGCUCAAAAAGAAAAAGAACUAGAUAAUGCUCUUAAGAUGGCUGAAACAUGUCGGACAGAGGCAGCCCGAUAUGCGAAGCGAGUUACUGAAUUAGAGCAAGAGCUGAAAUUACUCCUGACAGAGCAAGCAAUGAAGGCCAGUUCGCAGAUACAAAAGCUUUCGGAUCAUUUGACGGAAACAAAAAAGCAAUAUGAUCUUCUGAAACAAGAAAAUCAGAGCUUGCAACAGAAACUAGAAGAGACCUUAGCCAUUAAUCAAGAGUCGAUGCGGAAGUUCAAUGAAGAUACGACGGCUCAGCAAGAGAGGGAAGCUGUCGACGAGUACAAUAAAGAAUACCUAGAAAUACAUAAUAAAGCCGUAGAGAGAGUAAGAAAGGAAGCAGAAAUCGAGAUAAUGCAAUUGUCAGUGCAUUUAGAACAAACACAAAAGGAACUUGAUCGGGUCAAAGAAUUGUAUAUAGACGUUUGUGGUACAAAGGAACAGUUAAUAGCUAAUCAUAAGCAUGAGGUGGAGACGUUAAUGGAAACGUAUGCCGAUCUAGAAAGUCGUAAAAUAGAGAUGGAAAAAGUGGCGAAAGAUUUAGAAGUGCAGAUUAAAGUUACCGAGAGAUUAUCUAGAGAGGGAGAUAAUUAUAGGAGUAAGAUUAUUGAACUAGAAAGAGAUCUAGCUGAGGAACGGAAAAAGAAAGAAGAUUAUACGAAGAAAAUUCAUACUGAGAUAGAACGAGCGAAAGAAGAAGCUUUAAGGGAACUUCGUAAUACUCAUCCUGGUCGACAAAUCAAUGUCAACUUGCCAGAUCAUUGCUCUGAACAUUUAGAUAAAAUCACGCAGCUCGAAGACGAUUGUAAACGUUUAGAAGAAAAAUUAUCUAUUACUGUUGAAGAACAAAGAAAAAUGUCGAGCUUACAGGCAGAGUUAGAUGAUGCAAAAUUGAAAAUCGCUCAGAUGGAAAUUGGAUAUGAGUCACUGAGAAAAAAAUAUGAAACUGUUCUCGGCGAACGUAACGAUCUUAACACGAAGCUCUCUAAAUUGGAAAGUGAAUUAUUGGAUGCUAAGAAAUGUUUAAAAAUGGAAGAUUCGGAUGAUGCAAAAUUAAAAAUCGCUCGGAUACAACUGGAGAAUGCGACUCUGAGGAAAAAACACGAAAGCAUUCUCAGCGAAAGAAAUGCUUACAAAGAGAAAAUAUCAAAAUUAGAAAUUGAAUUGAACGAUACAAAGAAUAUUGUGAAGUCUCUCGAAAACAAAGUCAGAAGAUCUAAUGAAAUAUCACUGAUAUCGAGAAGCGAAAUGGAUCAGGAAAUAUCUCGAUAUAAGGAAACGAUAGCCCAAUUAACUACCAGAAUGAAUGGCAUGAAAGACGAUCGGAGUAGUAAUUCGAUUCCCGAUGAAAAAAGCAACCAAUUACAAGAGGAUCUACAAGGACAGGACGAAAGGAUGCAGAGACUGAAAGAUUUCGAGAGAAUUAAAAAUGAAAGAGAUCAGCUGGUAAUAAAAUUAAAAAAUCAGGCGAAACAGUUUGAGCAAUAUGUCAAAAACCAAAAGCAAGUAUCUGUGGAGUUGAAUUUGUCGCCUCGCAGCUCAGGCGAUGGUACGGACUUUCAAAAAUUGAAGGAGUCCACGAUUAAGGAGGUACGUGAAGAAAUGGAACAAAAAGUUGCCGAAGAGCUAAGAGGAAUAGAACAGCAACAUCGCGAGAAACAGAAAUUAAUAGAGGAAAGGUACAAAGCCUUAUUGGUAGAAUUGCAAACGAGGUACGAUGAACGAACGAAGGAGAUGCAAACCAUGAAGGAGGCCAUCAUUGCUGAAAAAGUAAAAUUGCAUUCGCAGUUUAAAGCGCAGGAACAAAUUGUUGCUCGAAUGAUAGAAGCGAAGCUGGAUGCCUUACAGAAGGAGUUGAUGGCGAGAAAAGUGAGAAUAGAGCAGUUGCAAGAUCUUUUGAAAAGUAAAGAGAACGAUGUCGAGGAGGAGAGAAAUGUGAUGGCGCAAGUGAUGUCCGAAUGGGCUGCCGAAAUGCAGGAAGUGAAGACAAAGGAAGUUGAGAUGAGUGAGGAAUUGAAGAAACUCAAAGAAACCGAGGAAAGUUUGCAAACGGAAGUGAAGCAGUUGAAGGAAAAAGAAAGGGAGAUGAAAAGUAAUAUUGACAUGUUGAAGCACAAGUAUCAAUCUGCUAAGAAGACUGCAAGCAAUUACAAGGAAUAUGCAGAAAAUAAAGAAAAAUUCUUAUUAAAUGAAUGCAAACGUAUAGAGGAAGGAUACAAAAGAGCCAUGAAUACAGUACAACAAAAAGUUGAUGCAAUCGUUAGUACUCAAGAGGAACAAGUGGCGACAAAACUGAAAGAACUCGAAAGUCAAUACGAAGAGCAGUUGGAACAGAUGCGACUUAAAAUGAAGUACAAAACUAAAUGUUGAAGUAUGUAUUAAUGUCAUUAGCACGCAAUAUGGCUUUCGUAGCUUAGGAUAAAUUGUAGUUAGAAGAGGCUAGUUAUUUUUUAAUUUAAAGCACUUUAUUGUACAACACCUUAUUAGAAGAUUUUUAUUUUAUGGACGAAUAAGUUUAAAUUUACCAGUAAUAUCAGUACUAUCGCUGCUUGUUUACUGCUCUUUGAAUAAUAUGAUGUCAGGCACUAGCGAGUAUCAAUUUUAUCUCACAAAUUGAUUAUAAGUUCACAUUAAUGUGUCAAUUUGGAAAGUACUAUUUCCUUGCCCAUCGAUAAUCUGAUUAUCGGUUGUUUAUGUAAUAUAAUAAUUGUCGGAUAACACGCAGAUCGGCCGCGCAUCCGACUGUCACGUUUUGAUAAAAUAUCAUAGGAUCAAAUAUCGAAUAUUAUACCAUACGUCAUGGACAAAUAUUUUAUACGUAGCGUGACUCUCGGGGUGUGGUCAAUCUAGAAGAAGCAUGAACUCGUAGACGGUGGCAAAAGCGUAACAAUCAAUCGUUUUUCAAGCUUGCUAUUACUAUACAUUAAUUAAAUCGUCACUUUUCUCUCUCAAAUAAUCCGACAACACAAGUGAUACCAAUGCAUUGUCUGUAGAAACCAAGAUCAGCUCUUGUUUUUUACAUGAUAAGGCUUCACUCGAACGAAAGACUGGAUUAUAAUCUCUAUGAUAAAGUACCCAAAGUCAUUAUAAAAGUUUUAAUAACUGCAUUAAAAUCAUGUUAUCAUGAAAAUUGCAUUUCAUUGUAAUGUGACAUCAAUUAGCCAUUCAUAAUCCAAUCCACAGGAAUAGUAGCAAAAACAAGCAUAUACGGGUGCGCGUGGGGCGUACGUGUACAUAGAGUAAUCGAGAUUCGACCGUCAUUACGGUUAUUAGUACAGGUAGUUUAUAUGGUUAAGUAAGAGGUCUAACUUUUCUUACUAGACUAUACCCUGUUCCUCCAAAGAAAACCUUUUCAUGCCAUUAGAAUCUCUCUACGUAGUGUGCUAAGGAAAGAUGAAUACGACGAAGAGUUUUAUAAAAAAAAAAAAAAUUGUACAAAGUGUGACUUCUUAAUGUAACAACGUACUCUCUUUCUUUUUUGUUUUGUACAAAAGUUCGGAUAUCUGCCGUUUUGUUCAAUGCGCAUAUUUCAGUAGCCAAACUGUAAUAAAUACAUACAUAAUAUAUUAGAAGCAGGACUGAAAAAAAUAUGUUACGCUUAACCUCAUUACACCAAACAUGGGUACAUAGGUCACUACAGUGAGGAUUCAAAUUUCCAAAGUUGGAUAUAUAUUUGAGAACAUAAGUGUUUUAGCACAACUUAUAAUUUUUUCGGUUUAACACUCCAUUUUUCUAUUGAUUUUGAACAAAAAAUUAACAUAUAUAUACAUAUAUAUCAUGCGAUUAUUUUUAACACCAAAUUUUCUUACGUUGUACGUUUAUUAAUUUCUUUUGGUUUCUUUAUAGAUACUUUUGUAAAACUUUUAAGUUCUAAAUUUUAUUACCCUUUGGAUGUAUUUGGUACUACAUGAUAUUUAGACUAGUUUCAGUAUUCGUAUUGUAUGAAACUUUAUAAUUGUUGACGUAAUAAUGCUAUAUUUUUCAACUACGAUAAAUUUACAAGUUAUAUGGAAUUAUCUUCCGGUGUUUAAAUAUAUAUAUAAAUAUAAAAAUAUAUACAUAUAUUUUUAUGUAUACAUAUAUAAAGAUUUGUUGCAACGAAGAAAAAAAUUUAAUUUAUUCUUAAACGAAGGUUUUCUAGGAUAGACUUAAAAAUUCUUUGUUUCUCUGUAUUCAAUAAUGGAUGGCUCUAUAUAAAUUGGAUUUGUGCAAAAGUAAUGUUAGCAACGAUAAAAAUUUCGUUUUUUAUCAUUUAACCUUACGAUUUGUAUGACUUUUACAGCAUUUUAAUACUCAAAAUCAUAAGCUGUAAUCGUAGUAUUGGAAUAGCGAUAGCACGUGAGAAAGCUCUAGCUUUCGAGUGAAUUUCCGAAAAAUCUUUUUACGAGAAAGAUUUCUUGACAGGUACCUUUGUUUAAAAAUAGAACGUAUGUCCAAUCUUCGUUGCCACAUGUUGCAUCCUUGUCAUUGGAUGACUGUCCCGAAAGUGUAUGUUGAUUAAUCGCCCUGCACUCGUCAUUUACAAAUGGAUCUUUAAAUAAUUUUCUCAAUUUCUACAAUUUGCUUAAUAUAUAUUAUAUAAUGUACUACCGUGUCAUUACUGUCACGCUUUACUAUUAAUGACUCUUAAUAUUACUAUAAUUAUUAUAAAAUCAUCACUGAAUAGAGAGUAUUAUUAAUAUUAAUUAGUCAUGUAUUUUUGUAUGUAGAGUGAAUUAAUUUAUUUUUGUAAUAAAGAUUUUAUGUCAUCUUUUUUCGAUUAUGCUGUCUCGUGUAGUGCGAGAUCUGGUCAUCUUCAACACUCUUCUUCCAUCAAUUUAUUAAUGUCCACAAUUCCUUAAAAGAUGUCAUCGAUGACAUUUAUGUUGCAAUUUCUUCAUUUCAUUAUUAACGCCAUACAGUAGAAGAUACACUUAUAGAUUUGUAAAUCCAUGAACAUUUUUUAGUCUCAAAUUUGCUAAACAAAUUGAUAUUAUUUUUAAACUACUUUUAAUCUUUGCACUCUAACAAUAAGUAUUAUAUAUAUGUAUACAUACAGGGUGUUCCGAAACUACCUGACCCGGUGGGUAUGGGGGUGUUCGGGAGGCUUCACUAAUCACGAAAAUGACCUUCUUUUUGUCCGGAAGGUCAUAGUUUUUAAAUGGGAGCAAGUCAAAGUUGAAGUUUGCUUCAUCAGAAUUUGGAAUGCAUUCUGAUGUUUAAUUGUUUGUCAUAGAAUUUUGAACAAGUGGGACAAGGAUAUUUUCACAGUAUGAAUUUACAUGAAAUUGUAUAUGUCUCGAAUUCAAUGAACUAUUCGCAUUCCUCAUAUUGACAAGGCACAUCAAACGAAGCCAGAAUCGGUCGUUAUUAUUUGACAGAAAAUCAAUGUCCAGGCGACAUCUGCCCGAACGCUGCGUGUGUUCCUGUUGAUUACAGCAACAGAACGGGUCAGUGUACAAAUAUAUUCAAUAAGCAGGGAGAUACUAAUUUACGAAGGUUCAUUAAUCCUAUGAUACGAGACAAUCUAUAAUAUAAUUAUUAUGUAAAAAUGAGGCGUCCAAAAAAUUAGAAAUAGAAAUCAUUCCGUAUUUUACGUUACUAAACACUAUAAAACCCGACUCUUCAAAUGUUUGCAAUUAUUUGUAAAAAAAAAAAGGAAAUGCUGCCUUGUCAUUCUAUAUAUUGUGACGUGGCAUUUCGACAUGCAUGCCACAAAAUGUAACAUUCUGCGAUUUCCGGCUACGUCGUGGGGCCCUAUGCGUGGGGAAGGGAUUUCGUGGCGUUGGACUGUAUAUUAUUUGUUGAAUUUGUAUUCAUUUCCCUCGUGGGAACGUUUUUUUUGUGUUUUAUAUUUUUCAAGCGGAUCCGGAAGGGUCUUGUCAAAAUUUGAGUACUGCGGGCCCCGAGAGUGCCAACCACGGGCGUGGUGGAGCGCGCUGGCGAGGCGUCGCGACAGCCAGACCGGAGCACACACUCUAAGAUGCCAGCUACGCGGAACAUUCGGCGAGCGUCUCCCCGAUCCAGAGGGCAUGCGGAAGUUGCAGGAACGGCCUGGAGCCGUCCAUCGAGGGAGCAGAGGUUGAUGUGAUUCCCACCUCCCGAAAAUAUCACUGCAGCCAUCCCAAACACGAAAGAUGCCAGGAUCUACUUUAUCGGAACCGAAGAAAAUAAUUGUAGAUCGCGAGCGCUCUGGCGAAUUCAAUGGUUCGCCAAUCAGCUUGGCCUAAGGGAUGUAUUACAGCGCGCCUCUUGGGAAGGUUCCCUAUUUUUGAAAUUCUUAGCGUGACUUACGGUGUGGCCGAGCCUAGGAACAGACGUAUUUUCGUCUGAUAAACUUUGUAGAGUCUCGUAUUGUUUUGUUUUAGCUUUGUCGGAUUUUUCUAGUAUUGUAUUCUAGUAUUGUACCGUGCCGUUUUGCGACUGCUUGAGGAACCCAGUAUCAGAUUGUGUCUUGGUGAUAUCUGGAGCGACUAGGAGGGCAGUGAGUGACGCUUUUGUGAGUUGACCAUAUUUACGUGAAUGAGAGAUAGACCGUGACGCAGUGUCGUGCCUUACGCAUUCCCGAUCAUUAUUGGAUCCGCGGAUUGCUCAUCGGUGGCGCUCUGGAGGAUCGAUGCUAUUUAAUAUCGUUUAUGGGUCAAAUGUUGGUUUCGCGUUACCGUCGAUACAGUCCACGCCUCGCGGAGUCAUUUCCUUAGCGCAAGGAUAUCGUGACUCCGUUAGCACUCGUUAACGUUAAAUUCUGUAUAAUAUCCUUUGACUUGUACAUUCUGUGGGGAAUGGGGUAUAGCGUGUACUUCCGUAUAGUAUGGAGUACGAUGUAUAUUUUUGUAGAAUAUUAAGGUCCUGUAAAUUUGUAGAUAUUAGUUUGCCAAUAGGUCUUCGGGACCGACAGCUUAAAUAAUUCCCUUGGGGGAUCUACGGUCCCGUUCUGCGUAAAGCGUGUAUAUUCUGUAUAGGAACCGUUGUUCCAUUUCUUUUUCUUAUUGUGUUGAAUAAAUCGGGCCAGAUUGUGGUUCCGUAUUUAAUUUUGAAAACUUUAUUGGUUAUUCGUUGUAGUUUUUGAGAGUGAACCUCCCUAGAUUUCAGAUUCCGUUUAUUGUCUCCCAGACCCAGGACCCCAACGCAUAAGAGCUGGCCAGGGUGUCCUUAGGAGACAGCGGUGUAACUCUGGUUAUACCUGGCGCCCAAUAAUUUAGUAUUUUAAUAAUUAUUUCUCGCGGUGCCAUUUAUUUGUGCGUCACCGUUAAAAAGUGUCGUCACAAUAUGUAUAUAUUUUGCUUAACUGGUCAUACGAUUAAAACUGUGUAAAGUAUAUGCACAUACUUUCUACGAUAAGGCAGUAUGAAUUGAUAGUAAACAUAAAGUUUAUAAAUACAUAGAGAUGCAUUUUCUUUUC